CAAGUGCUAUUGUAAUAUUAUCACAACUAAUCUUACACGCAAUCAUUACAUUUUUAACAUAAUAUACUGUAAUAGACAAAGAAAAAUUUAUGUUUUUAACAUGUUCUUAAAGGAAUAAUUAAAUUUUAAUCAUUUCACAGUAUUAUAUUAACUAUUUGCUAAAACUGGAAUCUAUCUAUAGGACCAAUCAGUGCUUUGUUACAACUUAACUAACGGUGAAAUUGUUAUUUGUUGUGAUUGCUUACAAAUUAAUAUAUUACAUUAGUUACAUAGUGUAACCGUGAAAUCAUAUUAUGAAAUCGAUUAACAAUCUACAAUUUUAUUAUAACCUCACUAGCAAAAUUAAUGUCACGGACUUUACAAUAUCCCCGCGUCAUAUACAAUAACAUUAAGUUUCCCUCCAAGUGAGUGAUUUAAUUAUAUGCAAAAAAUGAAAAAGAAAAUGUUGAGUCUCUCUCCGCGUUCCCAAGCAUUUAAGAGGGAACAUGAAAACGAAGAUCAAAACUUCAAGAGAGCUAAAUCUGAAAAUGACCAUUCCUUAGAAACUAAAGCAUUUAUAAAGGCGUGUGCUCUAGUUACUCAAAAUGCUCACGAAGAUCUUCCUAAUCGUUUUCAAAUAGUGCAAUUACCCAUUUGUAUAAAAAAUUGUAAACAUAAUGGUUCUAAAACACAGAUACUGCAAAUCGCACCACAUGCUGAAGAAAUAUUUAUGGUAGAAUUCAGAUCACACAAGUGGUAUGAAGCUCUUGAAAUAUGCUUUUUAAGCAUUUCAGAAACUAGUUACCUUUCAGAGAAUGUACUUAAAAAUAUCAUAGAAAUUAUGAUGAAUGCCCAUGAAGACCAUUCAUCAAACUAUGAAAUUAUGCAUCUUGUUGGCAAAUGUCAGCAAGUUUUGUCUAUGAAUAUACGAAUACAUCCUCCAUGUUCUUUCGAACCAAUUAGAAAAUGUUAUCUUAAUUUUCUAACAACACCUAUGGACUUAAGACAAAACACACAAACGAAUAGAAAUAAUUUUGGUAGCAAAGAUGGAAUUUUUCAAUAUUGCAUUAAUAGACUAGAAAGUGAACUUCAUGUGGAUAGCAAGAAUGAACCUUUAUUUGAUAAAGAAAAGUAUAUUCCGGUGGAAAUUAAGCAAACUAUGCAAGGUGUUCAUUGGGAAAAAUCAAGAUUGGAAACCUUUGAGAUGCUAAAGAGAACAGAUAGGAUAGACAGACUAAUGGCAGUUAUGGAUAGUUUGACUGAAUUAAUAGGAUUUGAUUUAGCAUUUUAUCAUUCAAGACUACUAAAACGUGAAGUAUCAAUGAGACGUCAAAAGAUAUUGAUUACAAAAAUAUUGAAUUUAGAUGAUUUAAAAAAUGAUGAAAUGAAUGAACCAUGUAAGCAGAUAAUAAGGAUCUAUAUUUAUUUCAUACAUCUUAGUUACCCUGAAAAAUAUGUCAAAAUAAUGAAUUUUUGGAUCAAUGCGCUUGUGGAGACCUUGUACUCAAGUGAAAAACAGAUGUUUGAUUUUCAUAACAUUGGAAGGAAAUGCAGAAACUUUGCACUGACUUUCCAUAGAAUUAUGAGUGAAUUACCUCCAGCAUCUAUUGUCAAAAUAUUAGAAACAUUGACUCCAACACGUAUGAGAUACUUUAUAGGGAUGUUACAUUGUGAAGUGUUAUUGUCAGUGACUAUUAAAAGUAGUAUUAUCAGGACCCUUAUAAAUUUUGUAAAGGAAUCACAAUGGAAUCAUUUUCCCGAAUCACAGAAUUCCAUAAUACCAGAAGGAGUGGAAAAUGCUAAACAGCUGACUGCUGAUAAUAUAUUGAGACACUUGAUAAAGAUAUCCAAAAAUGAAAAUAAAUCUUGUGACAAUAACAAUGUAAGGUAUCCAAAGUUUAAACAUGUUAAUAAAACAUUUGUCACUGAUCAGAUUUUUGUAACACGGGUUCUGUACAUAACAGUUCAAGCAUAUUUAGAUGCCUACCAUCUUUGCAAGAUGGAGAAAACUCUAAAGAGACUUACCAAUAAAUCGCUUCAGGACAACUCUAAGGUGGGUGUAAAGUAUUUUGAGAGUGUUAAUUCCUUUGUGACACAGGCAUCGGUAAAAAUAUACAGAUCGAUAUAUAGCGAUUUAAAAGAAUUCAUACAGGAUAUUAAAAAGCAAAAGGAAAUACCAAAGAUUUUAGAUAUAUUUAUGAAUAUUAUUGACCUUAAGGAAUUAUAAUAAUAUGUUCUCAGUCUUCAUGAUAGUGCAUAAAAUUUUAUAUUAUUCAUAUACAUCAAAAUAAUGAUAAAAUCAUUUCAGUAAUUUUGUGAAAGGUCACUAGGUAUAUUUUUAAUAUUAUACAUUGUCUUAAAAAGAUCCUAACUAAUAACAGCCGAUAUUAUUAAAUGUAUGAAAAUAAAAAUGUAUAAAAUGCUUAUAAUGUUACAAAGCAACCAAUAAAUCAAUAAAAAAGGGACAAGUGUAAUAUCUACAAGUUACUGGUUUAAAUUAUUUUUUUGUCAAUGAAUUUUGAUGCUAAUAAAGUUACAAAUAUUGAAAAAAAUAAGAUUAUAAGCUAAUACCAUACAUUUCCAUACAAUCGGAAUUUAUUUUUAAUCAAAACCAUAACAUACCAGUAUGUGCUUUGAAUGAAAAUGGGAAGAGAAUAUUUUUUUAUAUGUUUUUGUAAAUAUAUUGUUAUAUACUUCAGGAGUGAUUAUUUACUAUGUAAUAAUUGAAUAAAUAAUUACAUAUGCUUUUUUAAAUAAAAUUUUAAGAUUA